UCCAACUGGCAAGUUUAUAGCUCGCAUUUUCAUGCUUUUAUCGAACAAAUGAAAUGUUCUUGUUGGUAAUUGGCUCUUGAGGAACUGAAACUGCUGUACUCUGUGAGAUGCAGUGCCGAUUUUGUCGAGAAGACCUCGGUAGCUUAGACCAAUUGCAGCUUCACUAUUUAGUCUGCACUUCGGCCUAUGCAGAUUCUGCCCGCGCUCCAGUUGUUCGUAGAGUGGACAGUGUUGUAGUUCGCUUUUGUUGGGUCAAGUCGAGACCUUGCAUCGAGAGAGAAGUUCAUCUCAUAAGCUCGCUGGCUGGUUCUGUGACUCUGCAACGGAAAUUUGGCGAAGGACUGUAUGAGUCAGAAACUAUUGGGGUCCCAGUUGGAGAACAUACCUGUCAGCUUGCUAUUGGUGGUGAUGUUGUCUCCACGGAACCAUUUACAGUGAAUGAAGACAGUGAUGUUAUUUUUGUCAUACUGAAAGAAGAUCCUCAUCAACAUGAAUCCAGCAUUUAUUUUGGUGAUCGUGAUAGGCGAGCAAGAAUCAGCACUGGUGAAGUAGGCUCUCCUCGACUUGAGAGAGAACCAACAGAAACCCAUCACAGACCUCUAUAUCCACUUGAUGUGGAAGCAAGAGAACCAAGAGAAAACACAGAUGAGGUUUUAAAUGAGAUGAGUCCACUUUACAGGGAGUUACUACAACAUCAACUUAGCCAUGGUGAGCCCUCAUGGGUCCCUGGAAGUGGUGUUCAGUCACCUGUAAUGUCAGAAGUGGACUUCAGUGAUCUUGCUGGUCUGAGACAUGGCAAUGAGCCCUUUUCUCUGACACCUCAGCCAGAUUCCACGGAGGAGUUGCGGCCACAGAGUCCAAUCCUAGCACGUCCUGUCCCUUUACAGCCAGGACAUGAGGUGGAAGGCCAUCCAGGAGAUGCAUCUGAUGGAAGUGAUGGUGUUCUGUCACAUGCUGAUGGUGAAGAGGUAGAGGAUCAGGAUCAGGAUCAAAGUGACAAUGAAGCAGAGGAAGUACCGGAAAGUUCUCCAGUCCCAAGCAGCCAUAGUGAGCAUGAAAGUCGAGUAUCAUCACGAAACAGCCCAGUUAGUAGUAUACCAAGUGAAACAAGUGCAAGAGAUGAUGCUGUAAUAAGUCCCUUGCCAGAUGAGACCCUCAGGCAUGGAAGCCCACCCCCAAUAAGUGGAAAUCGAUUUGCUGAAGAACACACAAAUGAUGUUUCACCACACACAACUCCACGGAUCACACCAGGCGGAGAUCGCAAUCAUACAGAAGAAACGGCUCGUGGAUCCUCUGCAGGUCAGACCCCUACUGAAGGUUCUGCUGUGGAACAUGCUCAUUCCUCUCCCAGGGCUAGUCCCGUGGGCUCUGUUCUAGAGACUGUCGCAGUUCCUGUCACUGAUACAAAUACGUCAAACCGUGCAGAAAUGCAUAGUGGUCGUGAAACCAACUCUCCCCCACCGAGACAAAGUCCUGCCGGAUCAGUACACAGCAGUUCCUUGUUUUCAUCUGGUUUACCAACUCCAAUUAUGUCUCCAAGAGAUCGCUGCCAGUCUGCCACCGGUAUGCCAUCCGCCUCAAGAGGGAACCCUCUCGGAUCUAUACACGUUCAAACACAGCUUCCAUUAAGACCCCAGAGCCUAGGUGGCUCUGUAAAUCUCACUGACAUGGUCCCCAUCUCAUCAGACUUGUUAGUAGCUCUAAACCCUUCAUCACAGCAAGAAAGUCCGCGGAUACCCAUUUCUGGUGCAGAGGGGUCUCAAUCCCCUCCAGCCAUGAGGCGAAGUCCUGCAGGCUCCAUUCAUGAAUCCAAUGUCAAACUGCCAAGGGGAUCUGGAGGGGUUGAUGAUUCCAGCAGACACUCGAGCCGAAGGAAUACUCCUGUACUUUCCGUUCAUAGUGGAUCUGGAAGAGAAGCUAGCCCUUUGGUAGCUCCACCAAGGACUUUACCUUUGAGUGACGGUGGAAGUGGUAAUAGCACACCCCUAGCUCACAGUCCAAGGCAAAGGACAUCAGAAGGAGGGAGUCCGACUCAGUUUCUCAUUGAGGCGAUUUAUACACCGGCUGCUGAGUCAGGUACAUCGCCAUUGCCAACUGGUUCAGCAGUGGCAGCUCCCCUUGUUACGCCAUUAGCAAGUUCAAUGGGAGACCAAAGAAAAACCAGCACGCCUGUUGUGGAGGAUCCAAGACGUAGAACAUCAGGAGAUGAAAGCACAUCGGAGCGUAUUCCAAAAAGCGAUCGCAAUCCACCUUUAGUCCCUUAUAAUGGUGCUGCCUCGAUACCGCCUCAUUUAUUGCCUUCAUCAAGUUCUAGGACAAGCCAUCGAGAAAGCGAGAAUAGUACUCCUGUCCUGGACCGUUCAAUUCAUAGAACACCAACACCAGGAAGCCAAUCGGAAUUUUUAGCAGAAACAGCUCGCAGACAAGGUACGCCAUCGGUUGUUUCUCGCCAUGGAUCGAUACCUAGCACUCCUCCAGUACUGCCACAAACAAGCCCAAGAGCAAACAACAGAGGCAGCGAGAAUAGCACUCCAACAGUUCGCAGCUCAGGGCAUAGAAGGUCAGGAGCAGGGAGUCCAUCAGAACUUCUCGCAGAGAUAGCCUACAGGCGAGGCACACCACCAGUUUCCAUGCAUGCCUCCCACGGUAGGAGCUCUAGCAGGCAAAGCUCGGCUUCGUCUGUCCACAGUCGACCUAAGCAUUCACCUCCUCGGGUCGUUUCUCCCCCAUUUCCUCGCGAAUCAGCCAUUCCAAGCCGUGUAAGUGCAUUCGCCACUGUGGAUGGACAGCGCGGACCAUCUUUAGCGGGAACAGCAUCAGAGAUAGAGGCUCUUAGAGCAGAAAGGGACUCGCUCACGAGGGAUUUAAGGAACAAGACCGCAGAGCUUGGACAGGUUCAGUCCAAAAAUCGGGACCUUGAACAGCAGAUUUUGAACAUUGAGACUGUGGCCAAUCUAACCAGACAAGAUGACGAGAAAACACGCGAGCUUGAGCAGACAGUGCAGAAUCUCAACCGAACCAUCCGCGAAAAAGACGAGGAAAUAAGCUCACUACAAGAGUCCACAAGGACACUGCAGCGAACAAAUCAGCAGUUGAAGGAGGAACUGGAGAGUUUGAAAACUGUUAAUGAGCUGCAACUUGAUGACGUGAAAAGAAUCAAUACAGAUCUCGAAAAGGAGUUGACAGUUGCACGGCGAUCUUUAGAAUCAAGCAAAGCUAAACGAGGGAGGGAGGAAGGAAAGGUUAUAGAGUUGAAAGCACUCAAUGAUGCGUUUGAGCAGCACGUACAGCAACUCCAAGAAGAAAAAACAGAUCUUCAAGCAAAAUUAAAGAAAGCCAAGAGGGAGAUUGAAACGAUGAAAGCUUUGGGUAGCUCAAGACUAGGCAAAGCCAAAAGUGAAACAGACCUGUCCAGAAAAUUUGACAAAUACACCGCAGUCGAUGAACAUCGUUACAGAGAUCCACGAUCCUCAAGAACAGUUAACUUUGCCACCACGAGUCGCCACUCUUCAGCGCUCGGAAGCACUCGGCUUGGUUCGUGGGAUACGAAUAACACACGAUCGGCCGACAUUGAAGUGUCGUCUCCUGUGAUAAUGAACGGUCACGGUUCACUAAGGCCCGACACUAAUCCUGGCUCUUCUUAUACGUUUUUCCGGGAUACGCUCCCACGCGAGCCAUACAGCUUCAGGACUACAGUACCAAGGCACCGCAUAGGUUCCCUGGGAGAAGAAAGUGACAUGUCGGAUGAUCUAGACCACGGUGUGGGUUACCUCACUGCAACCCAAUCAAAAUGGCGCCCACAAAGCCCUGACUCGUCAACAUCGUCUGUUGUUUCCUGGGACCGCGAUUACAGCACAGAUGAGUCAAGGUCGCCGAGAGCCAGCGCUUACAACCAAAGUUUGUCUCUCUAUCGUGAUGAUAGAGGUAGUGGGCGUAGAGCAAGGCCGCACUCGUAUCACGGUGGAAUCUUGGACAACCUGCACAGCAGCGAAGGCGGAAGUACUUCACUUCAUCAACGUUAUGGCGGUGCGUCAAGCUCCUCUACUAAUGCGAGAUUACUCACUUCAAGUCCUCACCCUCCCACAGCCGGCGCUUCUCGAUCAAAACUGUUCACGAAGCCUUUUGCGCCGACUUCAUGUGAAGAUGUCCAACUGGGUAUGGGAGUACUGGUGACUAGGUCACGUGGACAGAUUGCCCGUGGAGUAGUGAGGUAUGUCGGGCUGAUACCAGGCCGCAAAGAUACAUACAUCGGAGUGGAACUGGGACCAGGUCAAGAGGGUAAACACGAUGGAUCUCUUGAUGGAAAGAGAUUAUUUACCUGUAAACCAAACCAAGGCAUCUUCGUCACCUUCAACAAAGUAGUCAUGUGUUAUGGUUGAAGGUUAUACGUAAAAGCUCUACUUGUUUACUGCGUGUACGAAGAAGCUGGAUUGUGACUUUUGGAAAUGAGGCAUCCUGCGAAGAACCUUUUAAUCAACAAGGACAAUUCCAUUCAAGAUACAUUACAUAUUUACAACAGAUUUUUUUCUUCGUGUCCCAAACAUAAAACUACACGAUCGUUGUGUUUUAUACAAUUUUUUAGUGUUGUUAAAUGCAAACUUUUAGUAUUUAUUUUCUAAACGGGUGUUUUAAAAACAUGUCAUGUGGCAUUAAGGCUUCCUGAACGCCGAGAGGACCUUACCCUCUCACUGAUGUUUUUUUUGUCCAGCUUCCCCGCCUGGCGUUAAGUUUUAAAUAAAGAACACGCCAAUUUCAUCUAGGAGAAGGCCUCGUGUUCGGGGCUGUCUUAUAGAAUAAGACAUCGAGGGAAGUUAUAGUAUGGAACGUGAGUCCGUGUUUAUGCAUCUAACAGGUGACUAACGUAGCUAACAGACUUUCUUGCACGAUUGGUAAUCAGCGUAGAUUCGAAUGGCCGGUUAGGGAAGAAGUGAACCCUGAGAGGAGCAUGAAAGAGUCGACCAGGCUAGUGAAACAGUCUUAUGGGAGGAAUCCUGAGAGAUACCUUUUCAACAAGCAGGGAAACCUGGAAUGGGUGGAUUUCUUCGUCAAGUUCUCCCUUUGUGUGUGUUUGCGUCAUACAUUUGUCAAUACUGUAUUUACCUGGGACGCCCAUGGAAAUUUUUACUUUUGUAGCCAGAAAAUCAUUUUAUAAAGUUUCCUUUUACUUGUAAAUUUACUGACAGGUUACCGGGACGGGCAAUGACCCCAUCUCAGCAUUUAUUAAUGACGAGUUUUACAGCGUGUUGACAUUUGACCUAACUUUUAAGAUGCUGAUAAGUCAAUAUCGUACAUUCGUGGUAUAGAGGUAUAUUACGUACGUUGUAGGAAUCACCUUCAGCUUAACGUGUUUUACUGCUUGUAGACUGUAGGAAGGCUACAGGUGUUUUCCUUUCGUUCUUAUUGGUAUGGUGUUUUAAACCCAGUAUAAUCUAUACUUAAGCUCAAACGUGUUCAAGUAUUUUCACUUGUUUUCGAUUUUUAGAGGGAACUAUCCUUAAAAAUCGAUAGACCGCCCGCAGCAUUUCGCUAUUUUUGUGUGUUCGCCUUUUUUUUUUUAUCUGUUUGUUCCAUGAGAAGAUACAAGGGCGCAAUGAGGAGAACUGUAAUGGGGUUGAAGGUGGGAAUAAUGACGAGAUUUAUUUCUCGCCCUCCCCACCCGGGCCCUCAAUCUCACUUACUGGUUGGUGGCUGGUUCUCGGUGUGUUAUGUUGUCAAGGUUUUCCAUAGUGGUUUUAUAUCCAAAGCGGACAGGUAUUCGUAUUAAUGCAAAGAAUACCUGCUAUCUUAACUUGUAUAAUAGAAAGGUUAAAAUUAAGUUCAUGAUUAUAGGUUUGAUUGUAUUUAUUUACCCCAAUAAUGAUAAUAAUUCAGUCUAUACUCCUAAUUGUAAUGAUUCAUAUUAAACCGUGACAUUCUGA